AUGGAGUGGACACAGCGCCUGAGAAUGCGCCAGCUUUACCUGCUGGUCGCCCUGUACGAGACACGCAAUGUCAGUCACACGGCAACGCAAAUGGGCGUGACACAACCGGGCCUGUCGAAGUGGCUGAGCGAGCUUGAAGAAGACCUGAACGUCAAGCUCUUCAAGCGCAACUCGCGCGGCCUGACACCCACGGAGUUCUGCACGGCCCUGGUAUCGCACGCAAGGGCCAUCAUUGGCGAACUGGACCGCACGCAGGCCACGAUAAGGCUGAUGUCGAUAGGCGCAUCCGGCAACCUGGUGGUGGGUACCACCCCGACGGUGGCAACAGGCCUGGUGCCCAAGGCUGCAGGCUACUUUCGCAAGCGCUUUCCGGAUGCCUACCUCAACAUCAUUGAGAACCGUCUUGAUGCGCUGCUGCCGCAACUCGAGGAAGGUCGUGUCGACCUCGUCAUUACGCGUACCGACCAGGCCAGGCUGGACGCCGGGGUUCGCUGCGACAUCCUUCAUCCAGAACAGAUUCGUGUCGUCGUGGGUGCGAACCAUCCACUGGCGAAGAAGCGCAAGGUGGACUGGCCUGACGCGAGCCAGUGGUACACCGUCGGUGCAGCCACCAAUGACUACUCAACAGGUGAUCCUGUCAAGUACAAGUCCUACGUAGAACGCUAUAUCGCAGCCAUCGCCAAAGACAGCGCGCUCAACCAGUUCCAGCCUCCCAACGUCUCCAGCAGUAGCCUUGGCUACGACGCACUGAUGAUGGUGGCAGAAACUGCGCGCAAGCAGGGUAUCGAUGGGACAACGCCAAUCGCAGCGGCACGAGACAAGGUGCGUGACGGCAUCAACGGCUACAAAACCUUCAAGGGAAUGAACGAAAUCACCCUCACAGACAAAGGCGAUGGAUCGAGCCGUACCGGGGUCCUGCAGGUUGACCCCGCAUCCAGCACCUGGAAAUUCGUCAAGAAGUAA